AUGAGUUUUGAAUUAUUCUCUUUUCAGUUUCUUUCGUCUCAACGUCGCCUUAGUCGCGAAAUUAUUAAUAUCUCACCGUUCUCUAUUCUACGAGAAGCUGAAAGAGCUCGCACUGCAUUUCAUAAGGUGUAUCAUCUUCAUGAUGUACGGUUAGAAGGGACGAAAGCAGUACAAGUGGAUAACUUGGAUUACUUCGCACGUGCAGAGAUAUCCACUACUGAGAGUGACGUUCUGAAACAAUGCUCUGUGAGUGUAUACUACCCUGAUGUGAAUUACGAAAGAGAAUCGUCGGCUCUUCGAGAUGUACUGCUGUCAAGGCUAACUACUCGUGCCACUAAAGGAAAACAUACAGCGGCGAAGUUGCCAAUAGCCAUCGGUGAAGGAGGACAGUGUGAAAUUCUCUGGGACGAAACGACGCACUCGAUCCUCAUUGACGUCCGUUCCCUCUCGCCUAUAAAACCAUAUACGGGAGCUGUCCGGCUAACUACCACUGAGCGGUUGAAACUUUCCAAAUACCUAGAUAAAGACAAAGGUGAGAAGUAUGAGAACGCAGUGCGGGUAUAUUUCAAUUCUUGGGCUGAAUGUCAAGCUGCUUUGAAAAACAAGGAUCGUCGUGUUGCUAGGUUGUUUCCUCGUGCUUUCGUUACUGGUAAAUCUGACUGGAGUGGUUUUGAAAAUGUAAGCAUGACUUAUCGUGCAAAAUGGUUCACAUCGCCAUCAAAGAAAACUGGAGUAGUCUUUCUCGAGGAUGCUCGAGACCAAAUGCUUGCGAAGAGGAUACUUAUAGAACAUAAUUUCUUUGCCGAAUGUCAAGAGAAGAACGAUCAAUAUAAUACGAUGAUAUUGGAAGUGAAUGGCGUUCUCGUUAAGCGUGUAUAUUUACAUCAUUCUUUUAAAGGGAUGCAUGACGUGAAUGAAAAAGCGAGAGUUACCGUCUAUCGUGCACUCAUUGAGUACUUGAUAAGGAAUCACGAAUGGCAUGACCCCUAUCCGUUGUCCAUCUAUGAGUGGAAAGAAUUGUUGAACCGUAGCCUUCCAUGGCAUUGGCAUCUUUUCGACAAGGGUCCGCAAAAAGACGACGAAGCUGAUAGCCAGCAGGCUGAAUUGGUCUUCAAGGAUGUUGAUUGUGGUUUACAAGUGAUGGAUUUGUUGACGACAGAUAUAAGGGAGCUCAAUUUUUCAAAUGGUUACGAUCCUUCUCAGAGAGUGAUUUUUAAUUUUUCAUCUACAGUGUGCUCUCGAGUACUCAUUUUCAAACUAACUGUUGUUCAGAUAGUCAUGAAACCAUAUUACUGCAUUGGAGUUAGUGUAACUAAAGAAGUGCGGGUGGCCUGUGAUCCCUUUAUAAGGAAAUUAAGCGAGGAAAAGCCGGCUGCAGAUGAGCUGACCUACUCGUUGGAGAUUGUAGACAAAACCUGGACGCCGGACUAUGAGGCAACAGACGAUUGUGAUACAAGUGAGGGCGAGAUAAGCGUCCAAGGAUGGCCACGAGAGCACGUUGAAGAAGUUGCGAUGCGACUGAUUUCUUAUUUCGAAGGCACUUACAUCGACUGCAGCAACGAAAUCAAUGGAAGACUCUUAUAUGGGUAA